AUGCUGGCCUCUCAGCGCAAAGACACUCCCUCCGAGGCCACCAGGACCGCUGGCAAGACCGGAUACUUUCCCCUCGGUUACAAGGAGGGCUUCAGUCAAUGGUGGGCUGGUCUGUCUCCUGCCGUUACCGAACACCGCGUCCUCUCUUUCAUCCCAUAUCUUCAAAAGCCUCCGACUCACACCCAGACCGGUUCUGCCCUUGCCUCGACGACUGCCCCGACACAGGAUGUCACCAAGACCGCUGCCCGUCAAGCUGAUCCAGUAACUACAUCGACUGUUAGCGACCCAUACGGUCCUCGUAAAUGGAACUCGGACUUGGUGGAAUUGUCAGGCAAGAGUCGCUUCUUGAACGAAUUCUCGGUCGAGAGAAUUGGUGAGCAAGUUGACAACAACCUUGUCAUGAUUCACGGCUACGGUGCUGGUCUUGGAUUUUUCUAUCGCAACUUUGAGAGUUUGUCUAGACUGCCAGGCUGGAAACUAUACGCUCUGGAUAUGCUCGGUAUGGGUCGUUCAUCCCGUCCUCCGUUCAAGAUUCACGCCAAAGACCGUCAGGGAAAAAUCGAAGAAGCCGAGAACUGGUUCAUUGACGCUCUGGAAGAAUGGCGCGUCAAGAAGGGUAUCGAUCGUUUCACUUUGCUUGGUCACAGCAUGGGCGGCUACAUGGCCGUUGCGUAUGCUCUGAAGUACCCUGGCCAUCUCAACAAGCUGAUUCUGGCUUCGCCUGUCGGUAUUCCAGAAGAUCCCUACGCUGUCAAUGCCGAUAUGCCUGAACCUGAAGAUUCGACCAUGGUCAAUGAAUUUACUCAAGAUCAGGCAAACUCUGUCAACGGUACAAAUCCCGACAUUCCGGCAUCAGCGAAGACUGGAGACAACAACAACUUUUUGAACGCAAAGGCGAAAAGAGAUGCAGCCAACAACAGUGGCAAGCCGCCUAAGAAGCCAUUGCCGAAGUGGCUUACCACUCUCUGGGACGCAAACAUCUCGCCUUUCUCCUUUGUUCGCUGGUCCGGUCCUCUGGGCCCUCGUCUAGUAUCGGGUUGGACGAGCCGUCGCUUUAGCCACCUGCCAGCCGAAGAGUCACAAGCCUUGCACGACUACAGUUACUCCCUUUUCCGUCAACGAGGAUCAGGUGAAUACGCCCUGGCAUACAUCCUCGCUCCUGGUGCCUUUGCUCGUAGCCCCCUGAUUCGCCGCAUACAGGGUGUGGGUCGUCAAUGGAUUUCAGAGCCUCACUCCUCCCCAACUCCUGACAACGCUUCUUCUGCUCCUACUGGUCUAUCGAAGGUCCGUGAGACAGGUAUUCCGGUCGUCCUCAUGUACGGAGAAAACGAUUGGAUGGACAAAGAAGGUGGUCGUGCUGCAGCAGAAAAGAUGCAGGCCGAGAAACAAAGGGCUCUUUCCACUGCCACGGAAGACGAAAAGAAAAGGGAAAAUGGCGAUUCCAAGGUCGUGAUCAUCCGUAAGGCUGGUCAUCACGUCUACCUUGACGGUGCAGACCACUUCAACAGUGUGAUGGACGAGGAAAUGAGAGAUGUGGAGGCUAGAGAGAAGAGACUAGGGUUCAUGAAGUGA